UAAAACUUUGCUGGAAGUAAAUCCAUGUGAAGUGUUUAUAGGACACACUGCGCUGCUCUAAUAACUUAAUAAAGAGGAAUAUUUUAGUUUAACAGUUCUUUCUUCCUUGUGUUUGGGAGAUUCACUGGUAAAGAUUAUUUCACUCUAAACUAAAGGAAUCGUUACGAUGUCGACUUGUGGGGAAAAAUCUGCUCGUGGAGACGUGAAAGACAUCGCAAUGAACAACAAAAAGUCGAUUAACGGGCACGUUAGGAACCCUCGAGCGUUUUGUAGCGUCUGUAAGCGGAUGUAUCGCGAGCCCAAACUCCUCUCCUGCUUGCACACGUUUUGCUCUGACUGUAUCCGGCAGCUCGAGCCGUUCUCUCCGCUGAGCGGACAGGGUGAGAGUCCGGGCCGGGAGCGCGUGCACUCUCUCACCGUGCUCUGUCCCGAGUGUGACAGUGAGGUGGAGCUGCCCCGCUCGGGGGUGGACGGACUCACCACAGACCAUCUGGCGCUGGACGAGGUGUUCAUGGAGACGCUGCUGCUGGGUAAAAGCGCCGUGUGUGACCUGUGUGGAGACGCCGAGGCCGGACAGCGCUGUGAGGUGUGCAGCCUCAACCUGUGUGACUUCUGCAGCCAGGCGCACAGGCGACAAAAGAGGACCUCCAGUCAUGCCAUCCACAGCUUGGAAGAGCUGAAGCGCCAGGGCCGACUCUCCAGACCCGUGCUGUGUUCCCUGCACCCAGGCCAGGAAUUGCGUCUCUUUUGUGAGACCUGCGAUCUCACUGUGUGCCUGGAAUGUGCCGCUACGUUUCACAGGGACCAUCGCUGCAGUCCCAUGCAUGAGGUCAUACAUCAGCAUGGCGACCGUAUCCGCCAGCUGGUUUCCAGGAACCUGCGGCCUCGCCUCGUUCGUCUGGAGGAGGUACUGAGGUGCGUGGAUGUUUCCCAGGAAGCUUUGCAAUCUCGGGCAGAGGCGAUGGCGAGGGAGAUCCAGGCCUUUGCGCAAGCCUACACAAGCGCUGUGGAAACUCAUUGCCACUCUCUUCUGCGCUCCCUGGAGGAUCUGCGAGUACAGAGGCGCAACCAGCUCCAACUCCAAAGGGCGCAGCUGCAGCAGGCCGUGUGUGAUAUCCGUGGCAGUGUGGACUUUGCUGAGCGCUUGCUCACAUGUGGUUCAGAGACAGAGAUCCUCAGUGUGAAGGGAGUAACCACAAGGCGGUUAAUGAGCCUGUUUGAGUUGGGGUACGAUCCAAACUUGACCAGUGUUAGCCAUGACAUUGGCGAGAGUAUCUGUUUCUUACCGCAGGAGCCUGCAGGGCAGGUGGAGGGAUUUCCCAUGGUGGGAGUUCUGCAGGCCAAGACUGUAGAUCCAAGCAAAUGCACCAUUCAAGGAGAAGGUGUCCAGCAGUGUGUUGAAGGCCAGAAGUGUGAGUUCACACUCGUCUGCAGGGACUCUGCAGGGGAGCCGAUGGCCAAAGGAGGAGACUCUGUGUUAGUCAGCAUAAUCCACACAGAAAAGAAGGAGUGCAAAGUAGAGGCCACAGUGACUGAUAAUAACGACGGGUCGUAUGCCGUCUCCUACACGCCCAUGGAACAGGGAUCCUACUCCAUGUGGGUGUGUGUCAAAGCACAGCAUGUUAAGGGCUCGCCUUUUGCACUGACGGUAAAGAGAAAAUUUCAGCGCCACUGUGGCAUGUUCCACUGCUGCUCCUUCUGCUCUAGUGGAGGCGCUAAAGAGGCACGGUGCGGCUGUCCGGGGACCAUGCCAGGAGGGUUCCAGGGCUGUGGUCAUGGCCAUAAAGGACACCCAGGGAAGCCACACUGGUCCUGCUGUGGUAGUGUGCUUGAGAGUUCAGAGUGUGUGCGAAGCGUCGUGUCAGGCUCUCACCGCGGACAUGUCAGAACUGUGGAGCUCUGAUGUAUCACUCUCACACGGAAAGACACAAGGAGAUAUCAGAGCAUUAACAUAUUAUAACAUACAGUGCUUUAAAAACAUGAAAAUAUUUCAGCAUGAUGUUUUAAAUGUCACCAGCAGGCUUGCCUGUGAUGCAGUUUAUCUCUGUGAAGCUGGAUCGUUCACCAAAGACUAUUAAGAGCUCCAUUUUGUUGACUCUUUUAUUUAACAGCUUUUUUAUAUUUAUUCAGUCAGGCAAGAUGUGACUUAACCAAAACUUUAAGAAGGUGCUCUAGAAGAUCAUGGACUAUGAACAACAGACACAUGUAAAUAUUCCCACACCAAAUGUGGAGCUGCAAUACAACUUCAGUCUUAUCUAAAGGUUUUUAUAAUGGUUUUCUAAAGCUUGAAUAUAUUUGAUGUUGCAUUAUUCUUAAUACCUUUGCUUAAACUCAACUCUAUAUGAACAAACAAACGUCUUGCAUAAGUUAUAUAGAAUUUAAGUGUGUUUGUGUAUGCAUGCUUGUGUUACCAAAGACCUCCUGUGGUAAUUAUGUAGUAAUUAUAAGAAUAAAAUAGAUUUCAGGUCUGAUUUCAAAUGUGAAUAUAUGUCAUGCUGCUGUGGUUAAUAAACUUGGCAUUUUAAAGAGUAGGACCUAUCUUGGACACGAAAAGUGCUCACUUUCUUGUUUCGGGUCA